AUGUUUAAACUAGCAUCCUCUUUCUUCAGCAUGGCACUGGCGCCGGUACCGGCACCAGCUUCGGACCGGGUCUUCGCCGUGCCCGAACUACUUGAAGCUAUCCUAUCGCAGGUCGACAAAACUGAUCUUCUGGUCAAUAUGCAACGGGUAUCAAAACAUUGGAAAAAAGUCAUCGAGGGAUCGCCUAAGUUUCAGAAGGCCUUAUUCUUUCUUGCAAGCUCCGGAUCUCCGACUCCACACAAGAGAUACCUCAAGAAUCUCAGGUUGGCAUCUGUCGUCCAGCCAUUCUUUAGUGUAGACCUUCUUGCGGGCGGUUUAUCCGAUGACAAAAGGUUCAGUCACAUUUGGAUGAGAGAUAUUGUCUGGCACCUCGACUCUGAUAUCAAACCAAAAUGGCUGGUAGAAGACGCUUCUUGGCGCAACAUGUAUGUAUCUCAACCACCGAUCAAGAGGCUUCAUUGGCAGAUCCAAAGAGAGGACCAGGAAAGCUACGGACUAUCAUUGCCUGGAACCGUAGCAGAGCUUGAAUUCCCAGGAGGAUUACGGAUGGGUGACUACUACGACCUCAUCCUUGGCACUAGGGGCACCCACAAAGUCAUAUGGCCUAGUCCGACUGGGAAGGUCCAUGCCGGUGACGACAUGGACGAUGAGGCUCGGUGGCUAUAUUAUGAGCGCCGCAGAGCACACGAGCAGCACGCGAUCAUGAUCAAACAGCUUGUCUCUCCAGAAGAGGAUAACCCGGAUCCCAGACGGGAUGACUACUGGAACCCUCAAGACCUCCAGAGGUAUCAUAAAAACCUUCGGAUGGUGAAGGGGCUGGAUGUCAAGAUGACGGAUGGGGAUGUUUCUUGGAGAUACAACUGGCUCGGAAAUGACAGCGCUUCGGGUAUGCGCCUAUUCCUUCAUGCGGCACAAAAAUUCAUCCCCGACGAUGUAUAUUAUUACUAA